AAAACCACCACCACAAAACAGAUUUGGAAAAGGCAGAAAGGAUGCCUCAACUAUUUCACUUUUCUCAUACAUGAAGGUAAAUUGUCAAGCUCCCCCUGAGCUGUGUUUGUUUAAUGACUAAAAAGAAAGCACUUCAUGUCACUCCAAAGAGUAAAUAUCUGAAGUUAUGGAUUAACUAAGUUCCAGCAGAGUUCAUGGCGGAAGAAUAGAUCACGCUGAUUCACACUGAAUAAAGCAGGGACUUCUGCUGCAGUAUGUGGAAGCUCGUCACCAUAGGUGUUCUGCUGGCUGCCUGCUCUUCGCAAGUGUGUAGUACCUCAAUAUUUUACAGCUACAAAGAUGCAAACCAAGUCCUGAAAAUCCAGAAGCGGGCAAACUCUUUUCUGGAGGAGGUCAAACCAGGCUCUGUGGAGCGUGAGUGCAAGGAAGAGCUGUGUGACUUUGAGGAAGCCAGUGAGAUAUUUGAAACCAGGGAAGCAACACUAAAUUUCUGGAGCAAAUAUGUAGAUGGAGAUCAGUGUGAGCCGCAGCCUUGUUCCAAUGGGACGUGCAAGGACAAUAUUGGGAAGUUUUCCUGCAUCUGUAACAAAGGCUGGGAGGGAGUAUUGUGCAAUUAUGAGGUGAAAUACACCAACUGUUCUGUCAAUAAUGGAGGUUGUGAACAUUUCUGCAAGGAUGACCCUGCCAACCAGUGCCGCUACUGCAGCUGUGCAUCUGGGUACCAGCUGACGAAUGACCAUACCAUGUGCAAGCCUGUAGUGGAAUUCCCCUGUGGAAGAGUGAAAAUGGACUACAUUGAAGCCAAAGCAGGAUUCAAUAUCCGUCUCAUUGAGGGAAAAGCAGGAAGAAGGGGAGACAGCCCUUGGCAGAUUAUGCUCCAAAAUAGCAAAGGGAGAUUUCUGUGUGGGGGUGUUCUCAUCCAUCCAUCUUGGGUCCUAACGGCAGCACACUGCAUUGAUUCAGGAGAGGGUCUCAAAGUAAGAAUUGGUAAAUACCACCGUCUCCGUACUGAGGCAAAUGAGCAAACCAUUUGGGUCGAUAAAUGUGUGAGCCAUGAAAAUUACACCAAGGAGACCACCGAUAAUGACAUAGCCAUGCUGCACUUGGCUGAGCCUGUGAUGUAUAACAAAUAUGCGCUCCCUAUCUGCCUUCCCACACGGGACCUGGCAGAGCACGAGCUGACAAGGAACGGGAGGCAGAUGAUAGUGACUGGUUGGGGCAGCACAAGUGAUAUGGAAAAGAAGAAUUACUCAACUCUCCUCAGCUACAUCGAGAUCCCAAUGGUUCCCAGGAACGAGUGUGCACAAGUGAUGAGAUAUGUUAUCUCUGACAACAUGCUGUGUGCUGGGACUUUAGGAGACAGAAAAGAUGCUUGCAUUGGUGACAGUGGAGGCCCUAUGAUCACUAAGUAUAAGGAUACUUGGUUUUUGGUAGGGCUGGUGAGCUGGGGUGAAGGCUGUGGAAAAAAGGAGAAAUUUGGAGUCUACACCAAAGUUAGUCAGUACCUAGACUGGAUCCAGCACCACAUAGAUGAGAUGUCACCUUCUUGGAAGGGUUGAUUCUGGUACUGCGAGCCUGGAAUAUUGUGGCUAUGUGCCAGUGACAGUAUGCAGUGUAAUGUACUGUCAGAUCUUCAGUAUUAAAUAUUGAGUAUAUGUUAACCUUGUGUAGUGUUUUCCUUGGUACUUUCUCCAGGUUAUGUUGUUUAUUUGUAGCAUGGUCCUGCUUAGGCCUUUUAGAGAUAGUAGUACCCUGUUAUGCUGAGAGGCUGCACAGCAUUGUAGAAAAUAAGAUAGUCUGUGGUCCAACAAAUCUUUUAUGUGAAAAAUGACUUAAAAACGGUUGGGGUGGGGGGAGAAACAGAGAGAUCUAUUUAGGAAAAAAUGUUUAAAAAAUCAACUUAGUGAUACAGUUCUGUCAUUUCAGCUUUACUCUAACAUAUCCGCAAUAACUGUUGUGGUUUGCUCUGUAUUUGUAUAGUUUUUCUUUCAACAAAAUGCAGUGUUAAUAACUUCCUCACUGCCUCCACUCAUUCUUGUCUUAAUCCAGUGCUUGCACGUUAAGCGAUUCAGCAGGUCAGUAGAUCUCCAUAUUUGCUAUUCCUUGCAAAUCCAGUGCCUGAUUUUACUCCACAAGACUUCCUUACAAGUCCUUAGA